AUGAAUCCUCCUUCGGCAGCCGGAGAGGAGAAAGGGGCUGCGGGAGGCGGCGGCAGCGCUUGCCGGGGAGCCGAAGGCGGAGGGGACCCCAGGAGUGCGGGCGCAGGAGCGGCGGACCUGGAAGAACCUGGGCUGGCCGGUCCGAAGGAAGAGUCUCUGGAAGAGAAGCUGAAGAGCUUAACCUUCAGGAAACAGGUGUCCUACAGGAAAGCAAUCUCCAGGUCUGGUCUUCAACAUCUGGCUCCUGUUCAAAACCUCAACAUUGCCAUCUCCAACGGGCCAGUGAAGGAACCAAGAAUGGCACUAGAAUGGAGUGAAAAUGCAGUGAAUGGAGAACACCUCUGGUUGGAGACCAACGUUUCUGGGGAUCUGUGCUACUUGGGAGAGGAGAGUUGUCAAGUUAAAUUCUCGAAGUCAGCAGUUCGUCGAAAGUGUGCUGCCUGUAAGAUCGUAGUCCAUAAUGCGUGCAUGGAACAAUUAGAAAAGAUUAAUUUCCGGUGUAAGCCAACUUUCCGAGAAGGCAGUUCUAGAUCUCCAAGGGAGAAUUUUGUUCGCCAUCACUGGGUGCACAGGAGGCGGCAGGAAGGGAAGUGUAAGCAGUGUGGAAAGGGGUUUCAGCAAAAAUUCUCCUUUCACAGUAAAGAGAUUGUGGCCAUCAGCUGUUCGUGGUGCAAACAGGCGUUUCACAAUAAGGUCACCUGCUUCAUGCUGCAGCACAUUGAGGAGCCAUGUUCUCUAGGGGCUCAUGCAGCUGUAAUCGUACCUCCCACCUGGAUCAUUAAGGUGAAGAAACCUCAGAAUUCACUGAAAAAUUCAACUAGGCGGAAGAAAAGGACAUCUUUUAAAAGGAAAGCAAGCAAGAGAGGCAAUGAGGAAAACAAAGGCCGGCCAUUUGUGAUAAAACCCAUCUCUUCCCCACUCAUGAAGCCCUUACUUGUAUUCGUGAAUCCAAAAAGUGGAGGAAAUCAGGGUACAAAGGUUCUCCAGAUGUUUAUGUGGUACUUGAAUCCACGCCAGGUUUUUGAUCUCUCUCAGGAAGGACCAAGAGAUGCGCUUGAAUUGUAUCGAAAAAUGCCAAAUUUGCGAAUCCUGGCCUGUGGUGGGGAUGGAACAGUGGGCUGGAUCCUUUCUAUCCUGGAUGAGUUGCAGCUGAAUCCCCAGCCUCCUGUUGCUGUGCUUCCACUUGGCACUGGGAAUGAUCUUGCCCGCACUCUCAACUGGGGAGGGGGAUAUACCGAUGAGCCUGUCUCAAAAAUUCUUUGCCAUGUAGAAGAUGGGACCAUUGUCCAACUUGACCGUUGGAACCUACAGGUAGAAAGAAAUCCCGAUCUGCCCCAGGAUGAACUAGAGGACGGAGCACAGAAGCUUCCCCUCAGUGUUUUCAAUAAUUACUUCAGCCUUGGAUUUGAUGCCCACGUCACACUAGAAUUCCAUGAAUCUCGAGAAGCAAAUCCUGAGAAGUUCAAUAGCCGCUUUCGUAACAAAAUGUUUUAUGCCGGGGCAGCCUUUUCAGACUUCCUUCAAAGAAGCUCUAGAGAUUUAUCCAAGCAUGUGAAAGUAGUGUGUGAUGGCACAGACUUGACCCCAAAGAUUCAGGAGCUGAAGUUCCAAUGUAUAGUGUUUUUAAACAUACCCAGGUAUUGUGCUGGCACAAUGCCCUGGGGGAAUCCAGGAGACCACAGAGAAUUUGAACCACAGCGGCAUGAUGAUGGUUACAUUGAGGUCAUUGGAUUCACCAUGGCAUCCUUGGCGGCUCUUCAGGUGGGAGGCCAUGGAGAAAGGUUGCAUCAGUGCCGGGAGGUGACGUUACUGACGUACAAGUCCAUUCCCAUGCAAGUGGAUGGAGAGCCUUGCCGGUUGGCUCCUUCACUUAUCCGAAUCUCCUUGAGGAAUCAGGCCAAUAUGGUACAGAAGAGCAAGAGGAGGACAUCCAUGCCUUUACUCAAUGAUAUCCAUAAAGUGCAUUCUACUGACCUCAGGAGAGUCUCAGCUCCCCCUGAUUCCUUCACCAUUCCCCACUCAAUUCCAGAACGCCUGCGGGUCAGAGUGAACAGAAUUAGUUUACAAGAUUAUGAGGGGCUGCAUUAUGACAAGGAAAAGCUCCGGGAAGCUUCCAUUCCUCUGGGAAUCAUAGUUGUACGAGGAGACUGUGACCUGGAGACUUGUCGUAUAUAUGUGGAUCGUCUGCAAGAGGAUUUGCAAUCGGUAACUUCAUCUACCCAGCGAGUUCACUACCAGGAUCAGGAAACUUCUUUCGCAAGAGUACUGUCUGUACAAAGACUUUCCCCUAGAUGGUGCUUCCUAGAUGCAACUUCUGCUGAUCGCUUUUACCGCAUCGACAGAUCUCAGGAACAUUUGCAUUUUGUGACAGAAAUUUCGCAGGACGAAAUUUUUAUCCUGGAUCCAGAGCUGGUAGCAACACAGCCUGCAGGAACACCUCCAGGAAUGCCCGAUCUGGUAGUAGAGCAGGCCUCUGGAAUAUCAGAUCGAUGGAACCCUGCCGUCCGAAAGCGCAUGCUGAGUGACAGCGGACUAGGGAAGAUGUCCCCCCACUACGAGGUACCUGAAAAACAAAAGGAGGCCAGCCAGACGCACAUGCUGCAGUCUCCAGUUUCUUCAGAGGAUCAAGCACUUUUACAGUCCGUAAUAGCUGGUGAUUUCCUAAAAUUCAUAGAAUGCUGUAAAAAGGGAGCUAAUCUGUUAAUCCAGGGCCCUGACCAUUGUUCCUUGCUUCACCAUGCAGCCAAGACUGGUCAUGGUGAGAUUGUGAAAUACAUCCUGGAGCAUGGCCCUUCAGAGUUACUGGAUAUGGCAGAGAGUGAAACGGGUGAGACAGCAUUGCACAAGGCAGCCUGCCAGCGCCAUCGUGGUAUCUGCCAGCUCUUGGUAGAGGCCGGCGCGUCAUUGAGGAACACGGAUUCCAAGGGAAAGACGCCACGAGACAGGGCCCAGCAGGCUGGGGAUCCAGAUCUAGCAUCAUACCUGGAAAGUCGACAGAAUUUCCAAGUGGUUCCCCGUGAGGACCUCGAGACGGCAGUGUGA